GUUCAGAAGGAUGGCCCCAUUCAGAGAGACGAGGCUUGCAGGUGCUUUUCGUGCAGACAUGAGAGAUGCUGCUUCUAUUGUACUUGAACCAGGGAUUCCCCACCAGCCUGGUCCUCAGCCCUUCCUGAGCCAACACAGCAAUGGGAGGCCUCCAUUGCUCACAGGGUCAUGUGCCUGAGCCAAGGAGUCCCACAGCCUGGGUGGGGAGGGCUCACAGGGUGGUCACAGGGUCGUGUGUCCAGGUUACAUGUGCUGACAUGCCAGCUAAGCCUCAGACCUUUGGCCCACCUUUCCAGUUUGAAAGCAGCCCUCUAGUGGUUCUCUAGCAUCAUCAGCAUCCAUUGAUGAUCUGCUUGCAUUCUCCCAAGGCAUCAUAAGGGCAGGAAGUGUAAUGGGGCUUGGCUCCCUAACCCUUUCUCAAGCCUUCCCAGACCACAUCUGAGUCAUGCUUGCCUUUGGCUGCAGUUCAUUAGGGUUCCAUCCUGAGAAAUUCCAGUCAUUCCUUGAGGAAGGCAGCUAAGGAGCAGGAGGAUGGGGGAAGCUUGAGGACCAGGUGCUGGAACCCCUCUGUAUCCACGGGGGCUUCUGCAUGGCCACACAGAGCAGCUGCUGCUAGCUACUCAGCUGAAGGAAAGCAAAGUUAUUUACUCAAAUGAAUUUAUUAAAUGAUGCGACGGACAAGACUGUAUUAGCUGCCAGAGACAUGGAGAGCUGUGACAUCUCUGUGCCCAAGGAUCCUUCUGCCUAAAGGGGUAAAGAUGAUUUCACAUAGGCGAUCUAGGAGGGGGAGUGUGAGUGAAAGGUCCAGGUGCAAUGCUGGGAGACGCUAGGGGAAGGGUGGCAUCGCUAAGCCAACAGGAGGGUGAGACACCCAGGCAUGAGCAAAGGCACGUCUGGGGCUGAAGGGAGAGAGCAGGACAGUGUGGAAAAUAUUCUGCUUUGGCUGAAAGACGGUUGGGAGCCAGGUUGUGGUGAGCCUGGAACCACUAUAUUUAGUAAACCCUGGGGAGCCAGCCACUGAAGUUUGGGGUUUGGGUUUGGGGAUUUUUUUUUAACUUUUUGGUGGAAGUAGCUCCUUUCAAGGCUGACUAGAAUCAAGGAGAAUUUGCAGAAGGUGGAGGAUCCAUCAUCAUGGAUCUAGAAACUGGCCUUUUGGAGCCAGGAGCCCCAGUCUGGGUAUAACUGCGGUUCCAACCAAGAACCAUGGGAUUCAGGUGUUUACGCAACCAUAGUGUGGUACAGUCGGAAGAAUGCAGGAAUUGGGUUCAGAUCCUGAUUCUGUUCCUUACUGUAUGUGUGUCCUUGGGUCAGUCACUUAACCUGUGAGUCUUGGUUUCCUCAAGCAUAAAAUGAGCCAGAUGAUCCCCAAGGUCUCUAUGAUUCUGUGAACUCAUUUGUGUAGCAUAGAGAGUAUCUGAACCAAGGGCUCACAGACCCCUACAUAAAGAUACAUGAACUUGGAUGGGAAAAAGUAUUCUUACUAACCUCCAACUAAAAUUGGGCAUUCCCUUUAUUUAGAAACAUUCUUAAAAGGGACCUGUGGGCAUUGGCAGACAGAACUCCAAUACAUCGUGUUAAGUGUUACUUAUCAGAGAGGAGGAUGCAUCAGGAAACAAGGCAGGAAGGUCAGUUGGGAAACAAUUCCAGGGGUCUGCACUGAUUGAGGACCUGAACAGGAGUGGCUCCUUUGGGGGCCGAAGGAAGGUGCAAGAGCAUUAUGAAGCCAAGUUAACAGAACCUGGCAAGUGACCAGAUGGAUGGGUUGGGGACAGAGCAGUCAAAGGUGACUUUUGGCUUGGGGCACCAUGGCUGGUUCCGUGGGAACUGGACAGUUGGUGUGGAGGCCAGCCUCCCAGCGGUUUACCCUGGGCUUCCAAUCCCUCCUCCAUAAAAUGAGAAAAUGAGCCCAAAUGAUCUCUGAGGUCAAUUGGACUUCACAGCUGAAAUACGCAAACUCCAUUCCAUCUUGGCCAACCCCUCCUUUUUACAAAUGAGCAAAUAGGCCUAGAAAGUGACUGGACCAUGAUCACACAGGCAGCAAGGGUCUGGGCCACUCCCAAAUCCGAGCCAAAGAGACUUACCCUGCAAACACCCGAUGGGGCUGGGCUGCCCAGGUUGAAAGGAGACCUAAGCAACCAGGCAGAGGCUUUGGCCCUUCUCAGUCUUAGGACUGGGCAGUGCCAGAAAAGAUAGGCAGAAACCGAAGUGCCCAGCACUGCUGACGAGGGCCAAAUAAAACGCAGAUACUUUAUUCCAAUGGAGAAUGGGACGGCGGCAUGUGCGUGGACCACACGCUACAUCUAAAAACGCCUUGCUCUUUACGGGUCCGACAGUUUGGAGCAGGUCACGGAAUGGCACAGGGACACACUGCGCACCUAGUGUGCACGGAGCAAACAUGCACCCAGGAAUAGGGUUUGCAGGGCGCACUGGCCCAGGGAAGAGCCAUGCACUCGGUCCCACCUGGAACAGGAAUGUUUUUAGCUGGGCACAUUUUGCAAAGAUGCACGCAACCAGCGCCCAAAUCUCUGCACGUUCUCUGCACAGUACGCGCGCUUGCGAUGGACGGAGCUGGGCUCUCCCUAUCUGGGGCACGCCCGAACGCCAGCGGCCAAACACCGGCACUUUGCGAGCCUCCAGCUAGGUCGGCCCCUGCGGCCUGCCCCGCCCCCUCCCGCCCGGAGGCCGCGGGGCGCGAACUUGAACCAGCCGGCCCGGCCCGGCGCUGCCAGUCGUUACUGGCCCUGCCCCGGACCCCGCUUGCCUCCGCAGCUGACCCCUCGGGAGGGGCGAAGAAGCCGUGCCUCUGGGGGUCAGAAUCUCCCAACCUUCCCCUUAAGAGACCUGCCCAAUCCGCGAUCUGCUGGCCGUCACUGCUGCCCAGAAAGUCCAUUCUGGUAGGGGCGCCGGGACUUCGGACUCCUGGUGACAUCCCCAACCCAGACCUCAUGGAUGCCUACCGGAAGGAGAAUGUGCCACCCUGGCCUGGAGACCACCUGCAAUCAGGACAACGUCUGGUUCAGAAGAAUGUGAGCAUCAGCCUCUCUGUGGGCGAUGGACGAGAUACCAAGACGGCAUCUUUCCAGACACAAAGCAAAAGGACCGUCCCUACCAUUCUACCAGGCCUGGGGCCAGGCCGCAGGUUGGAGGUGGGGAGGCCUGUGGUCAGCAGGCAGCUCCCGGCCUUGGUGCAGACCAACCUGGCUCCUGCUGGCCAGCCCCUGCAAGAUGCCACAAGCCUGCAUUGGGAAGCAGCUCAUAGGCCGAAUGAACAGGAGGAUCCCUGGAUGGAGCAGGGCCUUGCUGGGAACCUUGGGACAAGAAGCCAGAACAAGAGUGAGCUACACCCGGCAGCUGGGGCCUCACAGCUGGAGCCACCGCCAGGAGAGACAUCAUCCACAGAGCCUCUAACCCCAGAGGCCAGGGAAUCACGGGCCCUUCUCAGCCGCUGCUUCAAAGCCUGGCGAUGCCACCUACUAGGACAGCGGGCAGUAGCCAGGGCGCUGAGGCGGAGACAUCUCCUGCGGAAGGGCAUCCGGGCCAUGCGCUGGUCCUUGUGGCUUCGGGAAGCCCAGAUGGAGUACAUGAAGAGGAAGCAGGGUCGGACUGUGCUGGCCACGAGCUUCCUAAAGUGGAAAGACCUCUAUUUGAAUAGGAGAGAAAAGAAGCUGCUGACUCAGUCCAAGACAGAGGCUCCUGAGAAAGCCCUCCUUCCCUCCCAGGAAGGCCAACAGGAAAGAUCCUUUGUAACUCUAGGGGUCGUUUGUGGAGUGGAGGGAGCACCAAAGAUUCAGCUCCACCCCAGAUGGAAAUCAGGAAGCCAGAGCCCUAGGGCCCCUGCCACUCGAGACCUUCAGCGGCUGGCUGGAGCAAGUUUAAAACCCGGAAGAGAGAGCAGUGCUGUUCUAGGAGGUCGAUUAGUUUUCUUUCUCUCUGCUGGGACAGCCUUCUACCUGUGGUACCUGCAGAAAGUGCUGGUGGCAGAAAUUCGAAAGGAGGCCCAGGCCCGGGCUGAGCUGGGGAAGAAGAAGCUUCGUCGGGUUUUCCAGGCCUGGCGGGCAAGGACCGUGAACACAGCCCGGAUCUGUACCCUGGUGACCCAGCACCAGAGAGCCCAGCUUGGCCGGUGCUUUGGGGCAUGGAUGCUCCACACACAGAGAAAGACGUGGUGCCAGGGCAAGCUGGCUCACUGGCGGGUUGAGACCUUGAGGAAGAGCCUACAGCAGUGGGUGAAAAUGGUGUGGCUCCAAGCUACACACUCAAGGACAGUGGCCCAGCUCUAUCUCCUUCGCCAGAGGAGCUGGCACCUGGAGGUGGCUGUGGCCCAUGAAGGAUCCUGCAGAGGACCUGUCAGCCAGGGUCCAGGAGAACCAGACCAGCCCUGCUGUCAUCCGGGGAUCAGGGCAAAGGACUCUCUGGAAGAGGCCUGCCGGAAACUGAAACUACACCGGGCGAUCUGGCUGUGGUCCCGAAGGCUGGCCCAGCACCAGUGGGCAGACUCUUUCUCCCAGAACAGGAAGUUGCGGCUCCUUCAGAACACCCUACGACGGUGGCGGCAGAAGGCCUGGGUGGCAGAGUCACCCCUCGCCAGCUCCACUAACUCCCACCCAGAGCCUUCUGUUGGCGCCCAGGAUUCAGAAGAGUCACCCCCCUCCUCUGGGUUUCUCAGCAGCAUCUCGGCUCCGCUGGGUCCCGGCACCCUCAGAAGCUCAUCAGAGCAGGCCCGUAGCCCGACUGAAAGCAGCAGCUCCUUCCUAAGCCUGGCAGGGGAUGACUCUCCUUGGGUGCCGCCCCUGGGAUUGAGUUCAAUCUCUUCGGAGGCUCUUGAGUUCUGGAGGAUAGCCUUCCCCCUUGGGCAGAAGUGGUUCCAGCUCUGGGAAUGGCAGCAUCCUGGACCCGGGAGACAGUUGUUGGCCUGCCAUCCUCCAGGAGAAGAGACUGGUCCUCGGAUAGAAGCUGUUCAGGUUCCCAGAGACCCUGGCCACUUGGAUAGCCCUUGGUGGAAGGCACGGUGGCAGCAGGGCUCCCAAAAAGACCUAGAAGCCAAGCAGCAUUGCCAGAGCCGUGUGAUCUGCAGCUGGAACCUAUGGGCAGGAGCCCAAGGGGUCUGGUGGGAGCUGGUCUGCCAGCAGCGAGUCUGGGCACUGACCCAAGAAGCCCUCCACCAUUGGCAUACCUCCUGGCAGAGACAACAGACCCUCCAGGAGCUGGGUCACCAGUGGAUUCAGCAUAGGCCCUACAUCCUGAAGAGGAGAGCAUGUGCGGGAUGGCCUCGGAAGGCGUCCGUGAAGAGAAAUGCUGCCUGCUGCCAGGAGAUCCAUUUCCAAGCCUGGAAUCACAUGGUGUUGACCACCCUGAACCUCUGGGUCAGGUUAUGGACCCUUCAAGCCAUCUGGAGGAGGACCCUCGCUGACCUGGCCGAGGUGACUGAUCGUCAGGGCCAGGACUGGAGGACAGCUGUGAGUCAGAUCUACCAUGCCAGGCAGCACCGCCUCCUCAGGUCUGCCUGGGCCCAUUGGAAUGCAGUGCUGCCCAGAGGGAUGCCGAGGCAUCAGCUGACCAAGGAGGAGGAGGGCACCUCUGUUGGCCCCAGGCCCAGGCCCAAUGCCAUCUACCCACAGAGACUGGCCCUCAGAGGGUGCCAUAUCCUGGGUGCAGCCUCCGAUGCUCUUGGGAAGCAGGCCACAGCCCUGGCCCAGACCAAGAGGAAACCCCACAGCCACACUGGACAGAGGAAGAUGUCAGUGUCUCUGGGUGGCCCAAAGCAGAGCUUCAUGCUGCUUUCUUCCCCGCGCUUGCCUCUCCACUGUAGUUCAUUCCAGCCUUGGCUUCCACUGUACCGAAGACGGGGCGGGGCCGAGGGACUGACCAGCCAGGAGGGGCCUAGGAAGUCUACUAGAGGACAAGAAGCAGGCAGCUCCAGGACAAUCCAGAUCCCCAAGAGCAGAGCCCACUGGAGGGCAGUCGUGUUGGAGGAAACGUGGCUGGAGAGGAAGUACCUACAGAGGUGGAGACACGAGGUAUUGCUUCAAAGAUUUCAUGGCCAGCAAAGGAAAAGGAGGCUGGCAGAAGUCUGGCGAUGCUGGAUAGAUGCCCAGGGACCAGAGCAGCUGGCACAGACGUUGGUCAGGCAGCGCCGGCUGGAAUGGGGCUGGGCUUUGUGGCGGAGGCGGUGGCUGCAGCUUCAGGUGGCGCUGUGUUUGCAAGAAGACCGCAGGGUCCUCUCUCAGGCCUUUCGAAAAUGGCAUCAGCGCUGGGCAGCCCGGGUGCCCAGGAAAGGAGGUACCAGCCAGUGAUCAGGGGUCAGCACAUAAACCUGUAGGGGAUGGAGGGCAGGCCCAGCCCAGUUGUUGUUGCUGCUUCCCUCAGGCCAGGACAUCCAGCCCUGCCCCCAUCCUGUCCCAUUCCACCCACCAGGGCUGUGUAGAGAAAAGCCCAGCGAACUCAUCUGGUAAUGCUUUAAUGAAAAACAGCUCUCAGGGGCAGAGACCCUGACUUGAACAGAUAAUAAAAUACCAUUCCUUUCCCUGCCUCCUCCUGGCUUUCAUCUGCUGGAGGGCCUAGCCUAUUCUGGCCAGAUGUGAAGCACUGUGCUUCAGUCCUGCGGUCCACAUU